GUCGCAAUCACGGAGUCGCUCGUGAACCUCAGAAGAAGAAAACUCAAAGAUUGAGUGUUCAGUUCGAUGUUCAUCAUGAGAGAAAAGGUGGAUGUGAUCUGCUGUAAAUCAGUAGGAACUGAUCUGUCCAUGCUGGAUAUUGAUGAUUUCAUCACAGAAAUCUCUCAGCUGAAGAAAGAGGUGAUGUCACUGAAGACAAAACUGAUGGAGAGAGAGGACAGGUUACAGAGUCUCUGACUUCUGUCUGUAACACUGGAGAACAACAGAUGCUGCAGAUACCAGUGAAGAAUGAAGUGAAACAGGAGGAGAUAAAAGAAGAAAACACAGCAGAGGAACAACAGAGAGAUGAAGAUGAUAAAUAUGAUGAUGAUCAAACCUCCACAGAGUCUCUGGCUUCUGUCUGUAAUACUGGAGAACAGCAGAUGCUGCAGAUACCAGUGAAGAUUGAAGUGAAACAGGAGGAGAUAAAAGAAGAAAACACAGCAGAGGAACAACAGAGUAAUAAAUAUGAUAAAUAUGAUGAUGAUCAAACCUCCACAGAGUCUCUGGCUUCUGUCUGUAAUACUGGAGAACAGCAGAUGCUGCAGAUACCAGUGAAGAUGUGUUCAGUGAAGCUGCUGGACUGCAGGAACCUGAUGAAGAUGAGAGGAGAAACCACAGCAGAGGAACAACAGAGUGAUGAAGAUGAUGAAACCACAGCAGAGGAACAACAACAGAGUAAUGAAGAUGAUUUUCUUCCUUCAGAGCUGAUGGAAGUGAGAGAGGAUAAUCAAGAACUGAAUGAAGUGGAGGAGAAACUUCAGUAUCAGAAACAUCAUGAUUUAAUAAAUGUUGAAGAAUCUUUGAGUUGUUCAAAGACUGAGAAGAAUUUCUCACUGAAAAAGCCUAAAAGAAAAACACCCAAAAAAUGUUUUACCUGCUCUCAAUGUGGAAAGAGUUUCAGAUAUAAAACCUGUCUUAAUAGACACAUGAGAAUUCACACAGGAGAGAAACCUUACACAUGCCAACAGUGUGGAAAGAGUUUCACAGAUGCAUCCUAUCUAAAUAAACAUCUCCACAUUCACUUUGGAGAAAGAGCAUUUGAAUGUGUUAAGUGUGGAAAAACAUUUGUUUUGAAUUCAGUCCUAAAACAACAUCUGAAAACACACACAAAUGAGAAGCCAAAGUGUUCUUUUUGUGGAAAGAGUUUUGCAGGCUUGUACUAUUUGAAGGAGCACCAGAAAAUUCAUACCAGUGUGGGUGCUCAUAUAUGCUUUGAAUGUGGGAAAACAUUUAUUACAGCUGGCAACUUGAAACAGCACCAAAUAAUUCAUACUGGAGAAAAACCUUACAAGUGCUCACACUGUGAAAAGAGUUUCACUCAUUCACAAGACCUGAAAAAACAUGAGAGAAUCCAUAUUGGAGAAAAACCUUACAAGUGCUCACACUGUGAAAAGAGCUUCACUUGGUCAAAGUCCCUGAAAAUACAUGAGAUAAUUCAUAUUGGAGAAAAACCUUACAAGUGCUCACACUGUGAAAAGAGUUUCACUUGGUCAAAGUCCCUUAAAAAACAUGUGAGAAUUCAUACUGGAGAGAAGCCUUACAAGUGCUCACACUGUGAAAAGAGAUUCACUGGGUCAAAGUCACUUAAAAAACAUGUGAGAAUUCAUACUGGAGAGAAACCUUACAAGUGCUCACACUGUAAAAAGAGUUUCACUCAGUCAGGAAACCUGAAAACACACAAGAGAAUCCACACUGGAGAAAAACCUUAUAAGUGCUCACACUGUGAAAAGAGUUUCACUCAUUCACAAAACCUAAAAACACACGAGAGAAUUCACACUGGAGAGAAACCAUACAAGUGCUCACACUGUGAAUUGAGCUUCACUUGGUCAAAGUCCCUGAAAACACAUGAGAAAAUCCAUACUGGUUAAUUGUAUCUAAUUAUUGUGAUGACUCCACAAGAUGGCAACACCAUUAAACAUUAGAAUAGAUGCAUGCAUUGGCGAUAUUAUGUUGCACAACUCACGUCAUGAAAACAUGUUAUGUUGUUCUGUAUUGUUCUUGUGUUCCAAACGAUACUACUAUAUGUGAACCUUUUCAGAGGCCAUGUGUUGAAGUGAUCCCCCCUUCCCAUGCAAUUUUACAGUCUCUUCAAUGACAUGGUGUAAAGCCGUAUAAAUUUCCCAGAUUACGUCAAAUUUUUACAAUGUGUUUUCUGGAGUGUGUAUUUAAGCCCUUGUUUUCCAUGGUUAGUUUGUCAGUCUUCGCAUGUAUUGUUUGAUGCUCUGUGCUCGGUUCCCUGUGAUUUGUUUCCUUAUAUUCUGAGUUACUUUGUUUAUCUUUGUUUUAUUAAAGCUACAUUUAG